UCGCUCGAGAGAAAAAGCACAACAUUAGGUCGGCAGAAAUUGUGUACGCCUGCGCCCUUGACAUGCUGCGGUCUCGCUAUUUUCAAACAGCUGCACUUGAAAGUGUUAGCUGCUGGAUGUCAACCAAGCCGACUCGAAUAACAUGAAUUCUUAAUAUAUAAAUUCACACAGUAGCCUUCGUGGAGUCCAAUUAUAUGUAAGGAUAUCAACUGGCCGAGAGCAACCGUACACGUCAUGUGUAGCGCGAGCCAAAUCACUUGAAGUUCGCUGGACAUUAUUUUUAUUUUCUUAUUCGGCACACGGAGACUGCUCUAGAUAGCUCACGGUUUUUGAGAUGAUCAAUUUCUGCAAUGGCGAGGGGUCUGUUUUCACGGGCCUGGUUGUCAAAGACUUACCACUUUCAGGCUCGUCUGUCCUAUAUUCGAGUAAAGUAUCUCUUUCUCACAUGGCUUGCUGUGUUUGUGAGCAGCUGGGUUGUGUAUGUGCAGUACUCAACUUACUCUGAGCUGUGCAGAGGACGUGAAUGCAAGAGCAUCAUUUGUGAAAAAUACAGCAAAGGCAUUAUUGAUGGCUCUGCCUGUAGCAGCCUGUGUGAAGAAAGCUCACUGUACUUUGGAAGGUGCCUCUCCACCAAGCCAAACAAUCAGGUCUAUACAGGCAGCUGGGGUGAUCAUGAUGGUGUCAUCAAGUGUCAUCUGACUGACAUCCUACACUAUGAGCUGGGAGAUGAGCUGGAGCCGAAGAAAGAGGUCGCACUCUUUGAUAAACCCACUCGAGGAACCUCUGUAGAGAAGUUCAAAGAAAUGGUUGCCAGUCAUUUGAAGGCAAAAGUUGGAGAGCAAGCCAACCUCUCCAGUUUGGUAAGCCUGAUUUUUUCAUUGGCGGACAGCAAUAAAGACGGCCACAUCUCUCUCCCAGAAGCCAAGUCCGCAUGGGCUUUGCUGCAACUCAACGAGGUUCUACUAGCAGUGGUGCUCCAGGACCGGGAGCACACACCUAGACUGUUGGGCUUCUGUGGGGACCUGUACGUAGUGGAGCGGGUGCCUCACACUCCCCUGUACGGGCUCAGUUUGCCAUGGCCCAUGGAACUUUGGAUUCCUACGGGCAUGAGGCGAAACAUGGAGCAGUGGUUCACACCUUCCUGGCCCCGCAAAGCAAAAAUUUUUAUCGGCUUGCUGGAGCUUAUAGAAGACAUCUUCCAUGGUACUUUUGGGAGCUUCUUAAUGUGCGACAUGAGAGCCAGUACUUUUGGUUACACCAAUCGCCAUGACCUCAGGCUGGUGGACGGGCGGCGUGUAGUAGCUGAGGAGGCAUUCAAACAGGCCAUGAUCCUUCAGCGCUGUGAGGAUGAUAAGGACUGCAUCUAUGGUGUGGACUGUAGGACUUCAUGCAACCACGUAGAACACCGAUGCAAGGCCGAGGUGGCUCAACCCAACCUGGCCAGGGCUUGCGGAGCACUGAAGGAUUACCUCCUACGAGGAGCUCCGGUCCAUCUACAGAAGGAGCUGGAGAAGCAGCUGUUCGCCUGCAUGGCACUCAAAGGUUCAGCUGAGCAGAUGGAAAUGGAGCACUCGCUCAUUCUCAACAACCUCAAGACACUGCUAUGGAAACAGAUCUCACACACCAAUGAUUCCUGAAGAGAAAUGAAGAUGCACUGGUAACAACAUUCAGAUUCUAGAAUGUCUUCUGAAGCACUUCAGGCCAUUGUGAAACUGGCUGGAAAUUACAAUGCUGGUAGCAAAGUGGCUGGAAAAUAGGCUGAUGGCAGUAUUCAUUGCUGCUUGAUACUUAAGUUCUUUUUCAUGACAAGAAUAGAUAGAUUCAUGAUAGAAUUAAAACCAUGAGGAAUUAUUGCUCAGGUUCAAUUUAAGAACUAAAAUGGAUACUCAUCCCCAAAAUGAACAUUUUGUCAUUAAUCACUUACCCCCAUGUUGAUCGUCUUCAGAACGCAAUUUAAGAUAUUUUGGAUAUUUUGCAUCAGAACAGUCCUUCUGCAAUCAGUUGUUGAACCGUAAUGUUAUGAAUGCGACAAGAAUACUUUUGUAUGCAUAGAAAACAAAAAUAACGAUUUUAUUUAACAGUUUGUCUCCUCUGUGUCCAAAGCAGCAUUUUGGACAGCAUAACAUCCACUUAACGCAACCAGCUUACGCUCUUCUGUGUCAGCCACGCUGCACGGAUGCGCUGUUUCCAUUCAAAUCAAAGCAUAAAUACACAUAGAAAAUGUAUCCUUGUGUAGUGGCUGACACAGAAGAGUGUAAUCUGCUUGCAUUCAGCUCAUAUUCUCCAAAAUGGUGCUACGGAGAUGAACCAAGUUUUUAUGGGUUUGGAACGACAUGGGGGGUGAGUAAGUAUCCCUUUAAAGGGGUCCUAUUGUACUCUUUUACAAAGUCCUGAUUUUGUUUUGGGGUGUACUAGAACAGGCUGUCAUACUAGGUUGUGCGAAAAACACAAUUUUUCACAUAUUUUCCAUGACAACACCCCUCAAACAAGUCUGGCAUGAAAGGCUCAAAGAGUUCCUGUAUCAAGUUUAAGGCCCGCCUUCUGAAAUACGAUAUGUGCUGUGAUUGGUUAGCUGGGCUAGUGUGUGUUGUCAUUGGCAGUACUCGGUGCCUGGUUGGGAAAUGUCAUGCCCCUUUCCAUAGCUGUCUGCGAGCUUCAGUAAAAAAUGCUUCAACAUUAAAUCAGAUUGAGUGUAAUUUAAACCCGAAUGAUGGUAACCAUUCUAAGUUCAUCUGUCUUGGGAAAGAUAGCGUGUCUCCGACACAGUGAUAACACUCAUCCCAUUUAUUAGUAUUUGUGAUAUCACAAAUCCCGGAAAAUAUGCGCUGUAGUCCAAACGAGUCAUUUGUUGUAGUUUUUGAAAAGUAACUGCAGAUCUUUUUUAUGCUCAAACAGCAACAUUACAGACUAACUAAAGUUGAAAAAGCAUAAUAGGACCUCUUUGAGGAGUAACAUUAUUUUCGUGUCUUGGUGCUUUGUCAUACACAGUUGAUCAGUGAUCAUGUUUAUUUUACCCUUCCUUCAGCUCUUAUGAAGGAGCAAAUGACACUAACUUUACAUCCAUUGUUGGAUGUCAACAUAGAAAGCACUCGCCACAGACUGUGGUUGUGUAAGUCUCCUGUUGUAAUGUUUGUCACAUAAGCACAGCAAAAAGAGCCAUAAACGAGCCAUUUUGAAAUGGGCACAUUAAUCCAAUGCCUUGAUAUGCAUGUUGUCAUUGGGUGUGUUUGAUGCUUGUGGGUGAAAACGCCUCAUUCUUUGUACUUAAACAAUCCUUGGAAAUGGUCUGAAUGUUACAGAUUCCAAUAUAAGGUUACAUUUGUUAUAAUACUUAAAAAAAGUUCAUAAAACAAUAAAAGCAUUAGUCUGUGUUAAUGUUAAUUUAUAUGUGUACAGAUACAUUUACAGCAUCUCGAGUUGUAUAAUGUAUUACAAACGUGAAUUACCUUAGAAUAAUAUUUCAAAAUGAACAUUAACCUAGAUUAAUAAAUGCUGUGAACUGUUAAUUAGUUUGUGAUACCAAAUCCAAUUUUAAAGGUUUAACGCAGCUCACACUACACAACUUUUGCUUGGAUUUACAAGGUCUGUGACAGAAUCCCUGGAACCCAGCCAAAUCAGUGCCCAUUGUAGUUGCUUUGAGCAGGUCAGCAUCAUGAUCUGAGCUUUUCUCGAGCAGUCGCACUAUUAUUUUCUAAUCUAUUUGAUAUUAUUGUUAAACAGGGUGCGAUGCAAUGACAAGGUGGAAACUAAUCUAGCCAACAACAGUCCAGAUGUUAUAAAUGGAAAAAUCACUUGCAUGAAAUUGUGUGAGAAAAUGUUGACCAAAUGUCUUGUAGUUUGUGAAUCUCUUCAACAUUGUAUUGCGUAGUAUGUGUGCUGCUAUGACAAGAAACUUUGUUGUGUAGUGUAAACACCACAGAAGUCCAAGGGCCGUUUCAUUAAGGAGAUUCAACCAACUCUUGAGUUUAAACUCUGGAUUUUUCGGUUACAGAACAGCUGAAAUGAGUUGGUUUAAUCAACUCUAAAUUGACUGACUCGGAGUUAGCGUGCACCACAACUAUAAAAGCUGAUAUUACAAUUCACCAUGGCAACAGCUAAAUAACAGAUUGUAAAUGAUUAUAUUUAUUACAAUUAUAAAUAGUUGUAUCAUUAUUGAACACUCAUUAGGGACUUUACAUCCACUUUUAGAACAUUUUGUUCUUUUUUUUUUAAAUAAAUUCUUAUGUGACGUGAUGGAAAAAGUGAGAACGAUCUCGGCAAAAGCCAGAUUCUUAAUCAAUCGCGUUACGAGCUAGUUAUCU